GUCUAUACUCAUCUUUAUACAGAGAUGGGACAAACAGUAAUACUGGUUGGUUCACUGAUCCUUUCCUUGGUUCUGGACCUAGGUCUCUCCAGCUCAGUGCUAAAGCCAGGACCUGGAAACCUAAACCUUACUCCAACAGAGAACAAGCAGAGCAAGUUUCCUACUAUUCAGAACCUGGCGGCCCUCCACAGCCAGAACCAGAACCAGCAGGCUAGGUUCCAACAGGAGAACCUGCAGAACAGGUUCCAACAGGAGAACCUACAGAACAGGUUCCAACAAGAGAAACUGCAGGACAGGUUCCAACAGGAGAACCUACAAACAAGGUUUCAGGAGCUGCAGCAGGAGAACCUGAAGAAAAGGUUCCAGCAGGAGAACCCGAACAGAAACUAUGAGUUCCUACAAAACCAGUUAAUUCCUUCAGAACAGUUUGAUAUCAACAGGUUGAACGACAAUACUGUUCGGUUUGGAGAGGAGAGGAACUUCCAACAGGGGGAGAGAGAUGAAAGAAGGUUCGGAGAAGGAGAGAGGUUCGGAGAAGGAGAGAGGUUCGGAGAAGGAGAGAAGUUCGGAAAUGAAAACUCUGGAGAAAGACAGGAUCCUGAAGGAAGAGAUAUAGUUGGAAGCUUUUAUGGAACCCUAGACAGAGGUCUCGGACUCGGGGGAAUCGGAGGCGGAAUUGGAGGUAUUGGAGGUGGAAUUGGAGGCAUCGGAGGAGGGCUUGGGGGUAUCGGAGGUAUUGGAGGUAUCGGAGGAGGGCUAGGUGGUAUUGGAGGUGGGCUUGGUGGAAUUGGAGGGGGAAUUGGUGGCAUCGGUGGUGGGCUCGGAGGAAUUGGAGGAAUCGGUGGUAUUGGAGGAGGACUCGGAGGUAUCGGAGGAGGAAUAGGGUUGGGAGGACUUGGACUUGGUGGUAUUGGUGGAGGACUCGGACUGGGUCUUGGAGGGGAUCCAAUUCAGAUGGUUCAGUUGAUUUCUCUUCUUGCUAGACAACUACUGAGCUAUACAUCAAUCCUGGAGAUUUCUCUCAUCUCUCCUCCCUUCCUUGGUAGAUCUGAGCAGGCUGGUCAAAGGUCUGAGCAAAGCCAAAGAUCAGACCAAGGUCAGGGAUCGGAUCUAGGUCAGCUAAACUCUGGGUUGAACGCUAGAGAGACAUCCUACUGGAGUCUGCCCAGGGAGGCCAAGGAAGGAGAUAAUAUCCUACCGGAUGAGAAGAAGGAGGAGGAGGAGAAGGACGGGUUCAACAUCAUCGAUACCUUUACUCCCAACCUGAAGGAGGGCCAGGAUAAUAUCAAGGUUGAAGAUGAAAGGAAGAAUUUCUAAAUGAUGUAAAAUCGUGUAACUUGUCACUUCCUUUAUUUAUGUAAACAUACAAAUGAAUAACAAAAUAUAUGUUUUACUGUAAUUCUUAA